UGACUUUCCUUUCUUCACAUUUCCCCAUUCUCCAUCUGGAUCAGUACACUGGAACCUGCUGGGGCUUCAAGAACCUGCGACCAGCACUUUAUGGUCAGACCUGAAGUGUCCUCCGCAGAGAACAGCACGGACGAUGCGUUGUGCGCUGCAGCUCUUCAAUGACAGAGGAGACGCACCGAAGGAGAGAUGGGCACCUUUUCUCCAUUUCCAUCUGCGCGGCCAUGGGCCAAACGUCCAUACACCGCGUUGCUAGAACCGGUAGCGGUUCUGCUUCUGGUUCUGACCCGGCUUUGCGCUGCUUUCAACUUAGACACUGACAAGAGCCUCGUUUUCACCGGACCACGGGGGAGUUAUUUCGGCUAUUCAGUGGAGUUCUUCACUAACUCGUCGAGUGUGAGCAUCCUGAUCGGCGCCCCGAAAGCCAACACGAGCCAACCUGGCAUCACUGAAGGUGGAGCGGUCUUCUUGUGCCCCUGGAACCAAACUAACUGCAGCAUGAUCAACUUUGACAAGCAAGGUGAUCAGUAUUUUGAUAUCAAUGAUGUGAACACUCAGGUUGAGUUCAAGUCCCAUCAGUGGUUUGGAGCGACCGUGCGUUCCCAUGGCAACAAUAUCCUGGCUUGUGCUCCCAGGUAUUACUGGAGGACCGAACACGACACGCCCUUUGCCGAUGUUACAGGAACUUGUUACCUCUCUGACAGUCUCAAAUCAUUUGUGGAGUACGCCCCCUGCAGAACAGAAAGACAUGGACCUGCAGGACAGGGCUAUUGUCAAGGAGGAUUUAGUGCUGACUUCACAAAGGACGGGAGGGUUGUUCUUGGUGGACCGGGCAGCUUUUACUGGCAAGGUCAGCUGAUAUCAGCCACGCCCGACGAGAUCGUUAAGGCCUACUACCCUUCAUACUUUUUACUGUCGGUUGCUGGGCAGAUUCAAACAGGACAGGUGCAGGGCAGCUACGAUGACAGCUACCUGGGUUAUUCUGUCGCUGGCGGGGAGUUCAGCGGGGAUGAUGAGGAAGAUUUCAUCACAGGAGUUCCAAAAGGACUCAUGCUGUAUGGUUUAGUGAGCGUAUUCGAUGGAAGGGAUAUGAAGUCACUGCUCAACGUGACGGGAGAGCAGAUGGGGUCCUACUUUGGCUACGCAGUAGCAGCCACUGACAUCAACAACGAUGGGCUGGAUGACCUGGUGGUGGGAGCUCCAAUGUUCAUGCAUCGUGGGUCCAAUGGGCAUCUGGAGGAGCUAGGGAAAGUUUACGUGUACCUCCAGAGAGGACCUUUGCAGCUGGAGCCCACCCUGCAGCACCUACUCGGCCGCCAGCCUUUCAGUCGAUUUGGAACCUCAUUGGCGCCCUUGGGUGAUCUCGACCAGGAUGGUUUCAAUGACAUGGCCAUCGGCUGUCCCUACGGGGGAGAAGACCAACAGGGGCGGGUUUUUAUCUACAGUGGUUACUCUGGAGGAUUGAAGGCCACACCCACUCAGACUCUUGCUGGCCAAUGGGCUUCCAGCUCUUUCCCUGCCAACUUUGGUUUCGCGCUGCGUGGCAACACAGAUCUGGAUCGAAAUGGCUACCCAGACCUGAUUGUUGGCGCUUUUGGGGUUGACACCUGUGUGCUGUAUAGGUCUCGACCAAUAGUGAAUGCAAGCGUGUCUCUCACAGUGCAGCCAACCAUGUUCAACCAAGAAGAGAAGCUUUGUGAGCUUUCCACGGGGCUUGGAACCACUGCUGUAUCCUGUAUCAGCAUCGGUUUCUGUGUGCUGGCUCAUGGAAAGCACCUCCCUUCUACUUUAGGACUUGUGGUGGAAAUCCAGUUGGACAAAAUGAAGCACAACCAGAAGAAAUCUGUGAGGAGGACUCUGUUCCUGGAUGGUCAGCAGCCCAGUCUGGUGAAGACCUUGCAGCUCACCAACGGAGAACGCCUGUGUCAUGACACCAAGAUGUAUCUACGGGUCCGUCACAUUGUUCCACCUCUGUGCCUCCCAAAUGAAAUCUCCAUGAAUUGCACGUUACGGACUUCAUUUAUUUUUGUUGUAGCUAAGGCAGAAGGCGAGUUUCGGGAUAAACUCUCCCCCAUAUUCAUCAGCCUGAACUUUAGCCUGGAUCCUCAAGCCCCAGUGGACCAACAUGGCCUCAGACCUAUCUUGAAUCAUCAGACUGAACAGCUAAUAGAGCAGAAGGCCCAGAUUCAACUGGAUUGCGGCGAGGACAACAUCUGUGUUCCUGACCUGAAAUUGGCCGUUUAUGGGGACAGAGCAGAAGUUUACCUGGGUGACGAAAACUCCCUGAGCGUGACCUUCAAUGCCAGAAAUGAGGGCGAGGGCGGUGCCUACGAGGCUGAGCUUUAUGUGCUGCUUCCCCCAGAGGCUGACUACAGGGGGAUAGCGCGCAACAACGCGAGUUUGUCUCCGCUGACGUGCAGCUACGAGGCAGAAAAUGACACCCGCUUCCUCAAUUGCGAUCUGGGAAACCCGAUGAAAUGUGGCACCAGUUUUUGGGCUGGUCUUCGAUUCACUGUUCCAAGACUCAAGCACACUCACAAGACUGUCCAAUUUGAGUUCCAAAUAAGAAGUAAAAAUGCUAACAACUCAGAGAGUGAAGUGGUGCUGCUUGAGCUGGAGGUAGCCACAAUGGCUGAUGUCAUUCUGCAGGGCGUUUCUCGGCCAGACAAAGUCUUCUUCCCCCUUCCCAACUGGAGUGUUAGUCAGAGUCUGAUGAACGAGCAGGACAUUGGCCCUGAGCUUCAACAGGUCUAUGAGUUGGUUAACAAUGGCCCGAGCGUUGUCAGCCAAUCCACGUUAGAGGUGAAAUGCCCGCUCAAGGCUCACGGCCACGACUUGCUCUAUCCAGUGGAGGUGGUCACUGAAGGACCACUCAGCUGCUCGUCCAAACACGCCCUCAACGCACUGAAACUUAAGCUACAGCCUCCAGCCGCAAGGAGUCUCUCAUCCCUCAAGUCCAUCGAGGAGCAUCUUAUUCAAAAGCGGGAGGUCAAAGACCCCAUGGCUGAACACGGAAACUUGACAUGCUCGACUGUGGAGUGCUGGCAGCUCAAGUGUAACGUUGGGCUGCUGGAGAGAGGAGCCAGUGUUAUCCUUAGUGUUCACUUCAGACUUUGGGCAGAGACUUUCAUUGAGAGGGCCCAUAAGCAGUAUCUUUUGGAAUGCUCAGUUCAGUUCACUGUGGACAAGGUGCCCUAUUCUAGUCUUCUGAAAUCCAAGUCAUCUGGCUCUAAAAAGGUGGUGAUGUCUGUCCUGUGGAACAAGCCCGAUAGCCUUUUCUCUGUUCCAUGGUGGAUCAUCAUUCUGGCUGUUCUAGCUGGGCUGCUUUUACUCUCCGUGCUGAUCUAUCUGCUGUACAAGAUGGGCUUCUUCAAAAGGUCAGAUCCAUAUGGUACAGCCAUGGAGAAGGCCCAACUCAAACCCCAGGCAUCCUCAGAAGCCUAAAUCCAAAGUGGAGCCUCCGGAGCAGCUGGAAAAUUGGAAUGAUAUCGCAUUCGUAAAAUAUGAAUGAGACUUUCUAAUGAGGGGCAGGAAUUACUGAUGGACAUGCGGGGGUGUUGUAUCACUGGAAUACACAUUAUCUGGUGCUGCACUAAAAUAUCAGCCACCAAGAAGAAGAUGGAAUGAAUGCAGGUGAGGACGUAUCACAGAAGACGUUCUUUUUGCUUAUUUGGAAUCAGAACAAGGUCGUCGAUCAAAGAGGGAACAAUGAGGUCUUUGGAUCAGACAGGAGAAAAUCUAGACAACUUUCAGCACCAGUGUGUUGCUUUACUAAUCAGUUUGAGCAUGUCUUUGCUUCAGCUGGGCGUUUUUGGAACAUAGUGAUGAAACACCAACAUCCAAUCAGGGGACUGGGAUUUGUUUUUAACAAUAAUGUUAGAAAGCUGCUUUUUCUCGAGUGGUUCAUGAUAAAUGAUUUUCAAAUAGCUCACGGGCUGUACGGUGGCCUGGUGGUUAGCACGUCAAAAAAUGGAAACUCAGGUAUGAAAAAAUAUUCAUGUUUCCAAGGGUGUUACCACUCUCACCCUGUUUUCUGAAAGAUAAAAUGAUCAAUAACUAAAAAAAAUGAAUUAAUGGCUCCAUGUGUUUUUUGAAGGUGCUUGCUAGGGCAGCUAAGAUGUUUGUGUGAGUACACAUUGAGGGCGAUGCAUCCCCGAAAACAGUGGAAAGACCGCCAAGUUGAAUGGCCAGCUCUCUGCUCCGAUUCUCCUCCAAGCCAUUGUAUGAGUGACUUUACCGAGCUAUAAUAUGCUUGAAUUGUAUGGGGACAUAAUGGCAUACAUAUUCACAACAAUCAAAACUAACAAUUAAUUCCAUCAUUUAUUUACAUGAUACUCGAGCUGCAAAUAACGAAUAUUUCCUUCACUGAUUAAUCUGAAGCUCGUUAUUUCGAUCAAUUGAGUAAUCGGUUCAGCCAAAUCAAUCCGAACCAAACACAAACAGUGUCUGCUUUAGUGGUUGACAAAGAAAAUAAAACAUUCACAUUUUAAAGCCAGACGAUGUUCAUAUUUUUCAAUCAAAAAAAGAUGAAUCAAAUACCAAAAUAAAUGCCAUUGAAUUGGAUGAAUGCUUGCUCUAAUGAUACACAUCCAUUGACUUUUGAAGUGUCAAAUCCAGAGGAGUCGUCACUGUACAGCUCUAAAGAGCUUCUUCUCAUUCUUCUUCUCUCCCUACCCAAUCCACACUGGUCCUUUAAAUGCUUGCUUCGGUCCAGGAAACACCAACAAAAGGCCCCUAAUGCUUUGGUAUUCCUUCCCUCGCAAAACAUUUGUCCCCCUUUGCAACUGAACAGUUUGGUCAUUCUUGGUGUUACUGAUGCUAUGUUUCAAAGAACGACACACCUAUUGUCACUUAUGCCUCAGUGUUGAUGGUUGAUUGUGUGUACUGUACUGUCAUGGAAGACAAUCCUGAUCAAACUGCGAUGCUUAACUUGAACACUUCCUCUCCCAUAUUGGGAGGUACUUACUGUGUAUAUUGUAAUGUAUGGUAUAUAUGUUGUCCUCCAGAAUAAAGCCUAAUUUUGUACACCC